AUGCGAGGUAAAAAGGGAUUGAGAGGGAGGAAGCAGAGAAAAAAGGAACAAAAAGAGAGAGGGAGGGAAAAAGGAAAGAAAGAGAAAAGGAAAAAGAAAACGAAAAAGGGAAGGAAAAAGAAAAAAACAAAGGCAUUUCUGAAAGAACACCAAGCUGCAGACCCGGUCACACUUCGAAUUCCGGGCUGUUCCUGCAUUCAAAGUAAGCUCGUACGCCAUCCACUUGGGAGCGUCUCCUGUCUGCGUAUACCAGUGCCCCGUAACCUCCCUGAACCUGGAUCUGGCCGGCUGUUCUCUUUACAGAGUCUCACAACGGGUCCAGUUGACCUUUGCUCUCCCACUCUCGUUCUCUGCCCUGGUGACUCCGCAAAAACCAAAGACGAGAGAGAAGAAGAAAAAAAGGUGACUGAUCUAAACCCACUCGCCUGCCUUGAGGGAGGGGACGCUUGGAACAGGCCUGGAGGCCUGGCCACUUUCUCUGUUAUUCUCUCUUUCACGGCUUCUUCUUCUUCUUCUUCUUCUUCCUUUUUUUUUUUUCCCUCGGUCCCCAUCGAGUCCAAUCUUAUUUGGUGCAGCUCCCUUGCUUUUGAGCUGUCUCUUCUUGUCUGGGGCAAGCAAUCCUGA